AAUCUUAGAGAUCACGUAUUUCAACUUCCUCACGGAGUGGCAUGCAGGCAGCAGCCUUGGGAACCCCGAUUGCCCCUUCUCACACGUGCCCAUCACACGACUUGGGCGACUGGGUGGUGAAGUCAGGCUGUGGCCCCAGCGGCGCCACGAGGCCGAGAACCGGCGCUCAGCCUCAUCCCCGUGGCUGCAGAGUGCCAAGCGCCAGGUCCUGCGCUCUGGGCGCGGGUCAGGAGCAGCUGGCAAGGGCAGCGCAGCCUGUGGGGCCCUUGGGCGCGGCCGGCCGCAGCUCAGGGAAGCCACUUCAGCCCACGGGCGCUGCAGCUGCAGCCGCCACCAGCACAUGGAGCAGGGAUCGCCAAGGAUUGGGAAUCCCCGACCAGGGCUGCGCCUCCAGCCGCGCGGACCCCGGGGCCAGCCCGGCCGCGGCAAGUCAGGCAGUCUGCGGCAGGAGCGCCGGUCAUGGGUUUCCGCCUGGGGUGCAGGAGACUCGCACACUCCGGCCGGAUGGGCGGCGCACUCAGGGUCCAGGAGGCCGUCACAGGGGAGCCCCGCCAGCCCCCGCCGGAGCCCGAGCUGCAGCUGCCACCUGCAAGUGGUGCGCUGGCUGCAGCUGUGGCAACCCCGGAUCCCGUCCUCCCGCCUCGCGCCCAUCAGCGCGGACCCCGGGGGCGACGCAGUGGCGAAGCCGGGCUGUGGGCCCAGCGGCGGCACCAGGCGGAGAAGCACCACUGAACCCCAUCCCUGGGCUGCAGAGGGCCCAGCGCGGGGGGCUACGAGCGUCGGGAGCCGGUGGAAGAGAAGAGCGCGCGGGCGACAGUCAAACAGGUCCUGGGGCAGGGCGCGCCUCGCGAUCCACGGGGCCCCGCCAGCCCGCGGCACCUCCGCAGCAACCGCCGCCUGCACUGGGCGCCGCGAGAGAGCCGCUAGGGUGGUUUCUCCAUCUCGGGCCUGUUGGGCGGGGCCGGCUAAGGUGCGCGUGCUCGCUGGUCCUAACGGUUCUGUUGGGCGUUUCUGCUGAGAGGCGGGAGGCGCUGAGAGUCUGUGCGAAGGUCCGUGGACAGACUGCUUUGCUUGUUGUUGCGCUUCGGAGGCGGCGAUCCCCGAAGGCGAGCUGAAAUACGGCUGGAGCGUUCCCAGGCUACAAUUUGCAGCUGACGAUUAUGGAAGACGACAAGCCGAAGAGGUGGCCCACUCUCAGGGAGCGCUUGUGCUCGGAUGGCUUCUCAUUUCCCCAAUACCACAUUAAAUUGUCUCAUCUGAAGAGGAUCCACAGAGCUGUCUUCUAUGGUAAUCUGGAGAAACUGGAGUACCUUCUGCUCACGUAUCAUGACGCCAAUAAGAGAGACAAGAAGGAAAGGACUGCCCUACAUUUGGCCUGUGCCACUGGCCAACCGGAAAUGGUAUUUCUCCUGGUGUCCAGAGGAUGUGAGCUUAACCUCUACGACCGUGAAGGCAGGACACCUCUGAUCAAGGCUGUACAACUGAGGCAGGAGGCUUGUGCAACUAUUCUGCUGCAAAAUGGCGCCGAUCCAAAUAUUAUGGAUUUGUUUGGAAGGACUGCUCUACACUAUGCUGUGUAUAAUGAAGAUACAUCCAUGAUAGAAAAACUUCUUUUAUAUGGUACAAAUAUUGAAGAAUGCGGCAAGUGUGAAUAUCAGCCACUGUUAUUUGCUGUGAGUCGAAGAAAAGUGAAAAUGGUGGAAUUUUUGUUAAAGAAUAAAGCAAAUAUAAAUGCAAUUGAUUAUCUUAGCAGAUCAGCCCUCAUACUUGCUGUUACUCUUGGAGAAAAAGAUAUAGUCAUUCUUCUUCUGCAGCACAAUAUUGAUGUGUUUUCUCGAGAUGCGUAUGGAAAGCUUGCAGAAGAUUAUGCCCUUGAGGCUAAGAAUAAAGUCAUUUUUGAACUAAUUUAUGAAUACAAAAGAAAGAAAUAUGAAGAGCUUUCUAGAAAUAGCAAUCCAGUGUCUUCUCAGGAACAACCAGCCUUGAAGGCUACAAGUGGCGAGGAAGAUUCUGUUUCAAAUAUAGCCACAGAAAUAAAGGAUGGAGAAAAAUCUGGGACAGUGUCUUCUCAGAAACAACUGGCCUUGAAGGAUACAAGUGACAAGAAAGAUUCUGUUUCAAACAUAGCCACAGAAAUAAAAGAUGAACAAAAAUCUGGGACAGUGUCUUCUCAGGAACAACCAGCCUUGAAGGCUACAAGUGACGAGGAAGAUUCUGUUUCAAAUAUAGCCACAGAAAUAAAGGAUGGAGAAAAAUCUGGGACAGUGCUCCCUGCUGCUGAACAGUGUUUAAACAGGAGGCUCUACAGACCGGAUACUGUUGCACAGCCUGUGACAGAGGAUGAUGAGUUUGAUUUGGAAUCUGAGAUUAUUUCAAAACCAUACAUCCGAAAGAGAAGGAUUAUUUCUGUAGAAUCUACAGCAGAUGUGCGUCCUCCUAUUAAAGAGUGUUUUGUCAGGAGGCUCUACAGACCGGAUACUGUUGCACAGCCUGUGACAGAGGAUGAUGAGUUUGAUUUGGAAUCUGAGAUUAUUUCAAAACCAUACAUCCGAAAGAGAAGGAUUAUUUCUGUACAAUCUACAGCAGAUGUGCGUCCUCCUAUUAAAGAGUGUUUUGUCAGUAGUCUCUACAGACCGGGUACUGUUGCACAGCCUGUGACAGAGGAUCAUGCAUUUGAUUUGGAAUCUGAGAAUCCUUCAGAACCAUACUUUAUGAACAGAAGAACGAUUUCUCAACAAUCUCCAGAAAAUUUAGAUGCUGCAUGUGGCAUUGAAAAAACAGAAAAUGGAACCUUGUUUGAAGACCAAAAUGUUGAUAAGGAAGGAAAAGCACUACCAGCAACUGGACAAAAAGCAAAUGUGUCUCCUGAGCAACCGCCUUUAUUCAAGCAUACGGUGAAAGACAGAGAUCACAUUUCAACUAGAUUCUUAGGAAGUAUGGAUUCACUAACUCCCAGCAAAGAAUCUUCUGAGCGACCUCCUUUAUCCACGCUUACUGUGAAAGAGGCAGAUCCCAGUUCAAAAGUAGCUGUGAGAAGGAAGGAUUCACCACCUCCAGAAAAAGUGUCUUCUCAGAAACAACCAGCUGAGAAGGCUACAAGUGACGAGAAAGAUUCUGUUUCAAAUAUAGCCACAGAAAUAAAGGAGGGACCAAUAUCUGGGACAGUGUCUUCUCAGAAACAACCAGCUGAGAAGGCUACAAGUGACGAGAAAGAUUCUGUUUCAAAUAUAGCCACAGAAAUAAAGGAGGGACCAAUAUCUGGGACAGUGUCUUCUCAGAAACAACCAGCUGAGAAGGCUACAAGUGACGAGAAAGAUUCUGUUUCAAAUAUAGCCACAGAAAUAAAGGAGGGACAGAUAUCUGGGACAGUGUCUUCUCAGAAACAACCAGCUGAGAAGGCUACAAGUGACGAGAAAGAUUCUGUUUCAAAUAUAGCCACAGAAAUAAAGGAGGGACAGAUAUCUGGGACAGUGUCUUCUCAGAAACAACCAGCUGAGAAGGCUACAAGUGACGAGAAAGAUUCUGUUUCAAAUAUAGCCACAGAAAUAAAGGAGGGACAACAAUCUGGGACAGUGUCUCAUCAGAAACAAUCAGCCUGGAAGGUUAUAUUUAAAAAGAAAGUUUCUCUUUUGAAUAUUGCCACAAGAAUAAUGGGUGGUUGGAAAUCUGGAACAGUGUCUUCUCAGAAACAACCAGCCUCAAAGGCUACAAGUGACAAGACAGAUUCUGUUUUGAAUAUAGCUACAGAAAUAAAGGAUGGACUACAAUGUGGGACAGUAUACUUCUGUCAUGCUGCUGGCUUAAGACAUAAAGUAGAAAACAUCAAAGCCUACACUAAUACAGUGUCUUCUCAGAAACAACCAGCUUUGAAGGCUACAACUGAUGAGAAAGAUUCUGUUUCAAACAUAGCCACAGAAAUACAGGAUGGAGAAAAAUCUGGGACAGUGUCUUCUCAGAAACAACCAGCCUUGAAGGCUACAACUGAUGAGAAAGAUUCUGUUUCAAACAUAGCCACAGAAAUACAGGAUGGAGAAAAAUCUGGGACAGUGUCUUCUCAGAAACAACCAGCCUUGAAGGCUACAACUGAUGAGAAAGAUUCUGUUUCAAACAUAGCCACAGAAAUACAGGAUGGAGAAAAAUCUGGGACAGUGUCUUCUCAGAAACAACCAGCCUUGAAGGCUACAACUGAUGAGAAAGAUUCUGUUUCAAACAUAGCCACAGAAAUACAGGAUGGAGAAAAAUCUGGGACAGUGUCUUCUCAGAAACAACCAGCCUUGAAGGCUACAACUGAUGAGAAAGAUUCUGUUUCAAACAUAGCCACAGAAAUACAGGAUGGAGAAAAAUCUGGGACAGUGUCUUCUCAGAAACAACCAGCCUUGAAGGCUACAACUGAUGAGAAAGAUUCUGUUUCAAACAUAGCCACAGAAAUACAGGAUGGAGAAAAAUCUGGGACAGUGUCUUCUCAGAAACAACCAGCCUUGAAGGCUACAACUGAUGAGAAAGAUUCUGUUUCAAACAUAGCCACAGAAAUACAUGAUGGAGAAAAAUGUGGGACAGUGUCUUCUCAGAAUCAACAAGCCUUGAAGGCUACAACUGAUGAGAAAGAUUCUGUUUCAAACAUAGCCACAGAAGUGAAGGAUGGAGAAAAAUCUGGGACAGUGCCUUCUCAGAAACCACCAGCCUUGAAGGCUACGAGUGACGAGAAAGAUUCUGCUUUGAAUACAGCCAGAGACAAAAAGGAUAAAAAAAAAUCUAGGACAGUGCCUUCUCAGAAACCACCAGCCUUGAAGGCUACGAGUGAUGAGAAAGAUUCUGCUUUGAAUACAGCCAGAGACAAAAAGGAUAAAAAAAAAUCUAGGACAGUGCCUUCUCAGAAACCACCAGCCUUGAAGGCUACGAGUGACAAGAAAGAUUCUGCUUUGAAUACAUCCAGAGACAAAAAGGAUGGAAAAAAAUCUAGGACAGUGCCUUCUCAGAAACCACCAGCCUUGAAGGCUACGAGUGAUGAGAAAGAUUCUGCUUUGAAUACAGCCAGAGACAAAAAGGAUAAAAAAAAAUCUAGGACAGUGCCUUCUCAGAAACCACCAGCCUUGAAGGCUACGAGUGACAAGAAAGAUUCUGCUUUGAAUACAUCCAGAGACAAAAAGGAUGGAAAAAAAUCUAGGACAGUGUCUUCUCAGAAACAACCAGCCUUGAAGGCUACAACUGAUGAGAAAGAUUCUGUUUCAAAUAUAGCCACAGAAAUAAAGGAUGGAGAAAAAUGUGGGACAGUGUCUUCUCAGAAACCACCAGCCUUGAAGGCUGCAAGUGACAAGAAAGGCUCUGUUUUGAAUAUAGCCAGAGAAAAAGAGGAUGGAGAAAAAACUAGGACAGUGUCUUCUCAGAAACAACCAGCCUUGAAGGCUACAACUGAUGAGAAAGAUUCUGUUUCAAAUAUAGCCACAGAAAUAAAGGAUGGAGAAAAAUGUGGGACAGUGUCUUCUCAGAAACCACCAGCCUUGAAGGCUGCAAGUGACAAGAAAGGCUCUGUUUUGAAUAUAGCCAGAGAAAAAGAGGAUGGAGAAAAAACUAGGACAGUGUCUUCUCAGAAACCACCUGCGUUGAAGGCUAGAAGUGAUGAGAAGGAUUCUGUUUUGAAUGUAGCCAGAGAAAAAAAUGAUGGAGAAAAAUCUAGGACAGUGUCUUCUCAGAAACAACCAGCCUUGAAGGCUACAACUGAUGAGAAAGAUUCUGUUUCAAAUAUAGCCACAGAAAUAAAGGAUGGAGAAAAAUGUGGGACAGUGUCUUCUCAGAAACCACCAGCCUUGAAGGCUACAAGUGACAAGAAAGACUCUGUUUUGAAUAUAGCCAGAGAAAAAAAGGAUGGAGAAAAAACUAGGACAGUGUCUUCUCAGAAAUCACCAGCCUUGAAGGCUACAAGUGACAAGAAGGAUUCUGUUUUGAAUGUAGCCAGAGAAAAAAAUGAUGGAGAAAAAACUAGGACAGUGUCUUCUCAGAAACCACCAGCCUUGAAGGCUGCAGGUGACGACAAAGAUUGUGUUUCGAAUAUAGCCAGAGAAAUAAAGGAUAGAGAAAAAUCUGGGACAGUGUCUUCUCAGAAACAAACAGCAUUGAAGGCUACAAGUGACAAGGAAGAUUCUCUUUCGAAUAUAGCCACAGAAACAAAGGAUGCACAAAUAUCUGGGACAGUGUCUUCUCAGAAACAACCAGCCUUGCAGGCUACAAGUGAUAAGAAAGAUUCUGUUUCGAAUAUAGCCACAGAAAUAAAGGAUGGACAACAAUCUGGAACAGUGUCUUCUCAGAAAAAACCGGCCUGGAAGGCUACAAGUGACAAGAAAGAUUCUGUUUCGAAUAUAGCCACAGAAAUAAAGGAUGGACAAAUAUCUGGGACAGUGUCUCAUCAGAAACAAUCAGCCUGGAAGGUUAUAUUUAAAAAGAAAGUUUCUCUUUUGAAUAUUGCCACAAGAAUAAUGGGUGGUUGGAAAUCUGGAACAGAGUAUCCUGAGAAUCUGCCCACAUUGAAGGCUACAAUUGAAAAUAAAGAUUCUGUUCUGAAUACAGCCACCAAAAUGAAGGAUGUACAAACAUCCACACCAGCAGAACAAGACUUUGAAAUGGCAUCAGAGGGAGAGCAAAAGAGGCUUGAAGAAUAUGAAAAUAACCAGCCACAGGUGAAAAACCAAAUACAUUCUAGGGAUGACCUUGAUGACAUAAUUCAGUCAUCUCAAAUAGUCUCAGAGGAUGAUGACUCACUUUGCUGUAAUUGUAAGAAAGUCAUAUUACUCAUUGAUCAACAUGAAAAGAAGUGUAAAGAUUGUGUUCACCUAUUGAAAAUUAAAAAUACAUUUUGUUUAUGUAAAAGAUCAAUAGAACUUAAAGAUAAUCACUGUGAGCAACUUAGAGUAAAAAUUCAAAAAAUGAAAAAUAAGGCUAGUGUACUACGAAAGAGACUAUCUGAAAAAGAAGAAAUAAAAUCACAGUUAGAGCAUGAAACACUUGAAUUGGAAAAAGAACUCUGCAGUUUGAGAUUUGCCAUACAGCAAGAAAAAAAGAAAAGAAGAAAUGUUGAAGAGUUGCACCAAAAAGUUAGGGAAAAGUUAAGAAUAACAGAAGAGCAAUAUAGGAUAGAAGCUGAUGUGACAAAACAAAUUAAACUGGCUCUCAAAUCAGCGGAGGUGGAAUUGAAGACAGGAGGAAAUCAUUCAAAUCAGAUUUCUGAAACUGAUGAAAAAGAAGAAGACCUGCUGCAUGAAAACCGCUUGAUGCAAGAUGAAAUUGCCAGGCUCAGGCUGGAAAUAGACACAAUAAAAAACCAAAACCUGGAAAAGAAACACUUAAAAUACUUUGAAAAUGUGAAAAGAAAGCAUGAAGACCUUCAAAAGGCCCUAAAACGGAAUGGGGAAACAUUAGCAAAAACGAUAACCUGUUAUAGUGGACAGCUUGCUGCUCUGACGGAUGAAAACACAACGCUCCGUUCCAAACUGGAGAAGCAAAGAGAGAGCAGGCAAAGACUGGAAACAGAAAUGCAAUCAUACCGCUGUAGACUGAAUGCUGCUCUAUGUGAUCAUGAGCAAAGUCACUCAUCAGAAAGAGACCAAGAGCUUGCAUUCCAGGGCACAGUAGAUAAAUGGUGUCAUUUACAGGAAAAUUUGAAUUCUCGUGUUCUGAUUCUUUCUCAGCAACUUUCUAAAGCUGGGAGUAAGUCCAGAGUCCUAGAAACUGAGCUCCAUUACACAAGAGAGGCUCUGAAAGAAAAGGCUUUGGUUUUUGAACACGUGCAAAGUGAGCUAAAGCAAAAACAGAGUCAAAUGAAGGACAUUGAAAAAAUGUACAAAAGUGGAUACAAUACCAUGGAAAACUGCAUAGAAAAGCAGGAAAGAUUUUGUCAACUAAAAAAACAAAAUAUGUUGCUUCAACAGCAACUGGAUGAUACUCGCAACAAAGCUGACAAUCAAGAAAAAGCAAUACUGAAUAUUCAAGCCAGAUGUGAUGCUAGAGUACAAAACCUUCAAGCUGAGUGCAGAAAGCGCCGUCUUUUACUAGAAGAAGAGAAUAAAAGGUUGGUCAAUGAAUUGAAUCACUCGAAAGAAAAAGAACGCCAAUAUGAAAAAGAGAAAGCAGAAAGAGAAGUAGCUGUGAGACAGCUUCAACAAAAACGAGACGAUGUCUUAAACAAACAAUCAGCAACAAAAGCUUUGCUGGAUGCUUCAUCACGUCACUGCAUCUAUUUAGAAAAUGAGAUGCAGGAUUCAAGGAAGAAAUUAGACCAGAUGAGAAAUCAAUUUCAAGAAAUACAGGAUCAACUUACAGCUACCAUAAGAUGUACUAAGGAGAUGGAAGGCGAUGCACAAAAGCUUGAAGUAGAAAAUGCCAUGAUGAGAAAAAUGAUUAAAACACAGGAUGACCAAAUUGAGCAGCUUGCAAAAAUCCUGCAGCGUUCAAGUUUGAUGCUGCAGGUGUUCAAGAGCUAGAUGAAGAUAUGGACAUUUCUGGAAUUACAGAGCCCCCUCUACAUUGAGCACAAGACAGUGACGAAUCCACAUUCUUCAGCCAGAAAGUCACCUCUGAGAGCCAAAUGUCUGACUAUAGACAGGAGAGUCAAAGAAUGAUAACAACAUCUCAGGAAAAUUGAGAAAAUAAUCAGCAACUGUAUGUGGAUAACCCUUUCAAAUUUCUCCAGGGCACCUGUCAUUUCAGCCAAUACUUGCCAGCUUGUGCCAAGGACGCUGGAGCUCCCUGGGAUGAGUUUCCCAGGGGAGGAGCUGUCGGCCGUCUUUACUGCUUGGGCGACACAGCCAUUCCAGCCUGUGGGCUUUGGACAGUGCAAACUGAUGGGGUAGAAGGGAUCCCUAGCAUAGCACAGCUGCUCUACUCUACCAACAUGUGCUCAGAUUCUCUCUCUCUCUUUUUUUUUUUUGAGAAGGAGUCUUGCUCUGUCACCCAGGCUGGAGUGCAAUGGCGUGAUCUUGGCUUACUGCACCCUUCACAUUCCAGGUUCAAGCAAUUCUUCUGCCUCAACCACCCAAGUAGCUGGGACUACAGGUGCCCAUCAGCACUCACAGUGAAUUUUUUUAUUUUUAGUAGAGAUGGGGUUUCACCAUGUUGGCCAGGCUGGUCUGGAACCCCUGACCUCAAGUGAUCCUCCCUGCUGGGCCUCCCGAAGUAUUGGGAUUACAGGCAUAAGCCACCGUGACCGGCCCCAGACAGAUUCUUUAAGGGGAUUCCCAAUCUGUUCAUCCCAACCAGGGCCUCCAGCUACCCCACCGGUGUCUGGGGCUGACAGAAAUUUGAAUUCUCCCUGGGAGGGAGUUCCGGAGUUCCCACCCAGUGGGAGUCCUUCCAACUGGGGCCUGGGGGAGAGGGUGGGGCCAGCUUUGGAGAGUCCAAAACGACUGGGGGUGGAAGGGAUUCCCCAGCACAUCACAACUGCUCUACCAAAUAGUGGCCAGGCAGGUUCUUUCAGCAGAUCCCUGAUUCUUUCCUCCUCACUGGGUGGGACCUCCCACCUGCGGCCUCCACCACCCCACCGGUGUUCUCAAGCUGACAGAGAUUUACAUUCACCCUGGGAAGGAGUUGUCGAGGUCCUGCCCAGUAAGGAGGAAUGGAUCAGGAACCUGGUAAAAGAAUCUGCCUUCUAAGAUUUUGUAGAGUAGCUGUGCUGUGCUGAUAGAUCCCUUCUGCCCCUGGUAGGUAUGGAUUCUCCAAAGCCCACGGGCUGUAACGACUAAGUUGCACAAACAGCAAAGAUGGCUCCUUGCUCCUGCGCAUGGGAACUCAUUCCAGGAAUUCAAAUCUCUGUCAGCCUGAGAACACCGGUGUGGGUGGCUGGAGGCCCCAGCUGAAAGGACCCUCAUUGGGCUGGACCUCCAGGCCUCCAUGCCAGGGAGAACUCAAAUCUCUG